AUGAAUCCUGCAGAAUUUUCAGACGCCGGCAAGAUGCCCCACGAUGCCCACAAGUCUCUGGACACUAUUUUCAAGAACAAUCGGGCGUGGGCGCUUGAAAAGAGCCGCGAUCCGACGUUCUUUGAGAAGCUGGCCAACGGACAGUCGCCUGAUUAUCUCCGCGUUCCCGCCAACGAGAUUAUGGGCCUGGAGGCCGGGGAGGUAUUCGUGCACCGGAACAUCGCCAAUUUGGUCCCUAACCUCGACUUAAAUGUUAUGUCCGUCAUCAACUACGCCGUGAGGCACCUACACGUCAAGCACAUUAUCGUCUGCGGUCACCACAACUGUGGAGGAGUCAAGGCUGCGUUGACGCCCGCCGACUUGGGGAUUCUCAACCCGUGGCUUCGGAAUAUUCGGGAUGUCUAUCGUUUGCACGAGAAGGAACUUGAUCAGAUUGCCGAUGAGGACGCUAGAUAUAACAGACUCGUGGAAUUGAAUGUGGUGGAGUCUUGCAGGAAUGUUAUCAAGACUGCAGCGGUUCAACAGAGUUACCAGGAGCAUGGGUACCCCAUUGUUCAUGGAUUGGUCUUUGAUCUUCGGGAUGGGCUGUUGAAGGAUCUUCAGGUAGAUUUUGAAAAGACACUUGAGGAUAUAAAGAAGAUAUACUCUCUUUCACGAGACUAG